AUGCGUUGGACAAUCGCUGCCACUGCCCUAUCGCUGGGCACUCUUGGUGAUGCCGAGCUGCUCCACGAGCGCUUCCAUCGCAUGGGACGGAGUCCAAACUCGACCAGUACCACCAUCCCGAGUCCUCCCAAGCCCUCCAACUCGAGCAUCCCGCUGCAUCCACAUAACUCCACCGACUGCCUGUCUCUACAGAGCCUCAACCAAGCGGACUGGCAGCAAUCCAAUACGGGCACAUGGCUGGACAACUGGUGGACCGCGAACGCGGCCGCAAUCAGCCAGAACGGGUUCCUUAACACGUUCGCUGAGCUGGCACUGAACGACCCGGGCUGGACCUGUCCCAUCGAUGGCACUUGUCAAGUCCCAUGCAUUCCGGUCAAGCAGACAGGCGUUCAAGGGAACCUGCUGGCCCGCGCUGAUCCGCUGGCGAGCAGUACGCAAACUGGAUAUGUUGCCAACUCCCUCAGCAACCUGCAAACCCAGUUCAACACGUUGUACAGCAUCCUCAACAGCGCGGGCACCAAGACAAGUUUAGACAUCAACAGCCUGGUCCAGAACUUCUGGUACGACGGCAGUCAAGACUCCACCAUGGAUCUGUCCGAGGGUCUUCGUUCGUUCGGCUUGAUUCUUGGUCUGGGCGCUGCCAUUGCAACGGGCGGUGCUGUGAUGCCGGCGGCCGUGGCGUCCGCGCUGUUCAGUAACGUCGUGACUCUGGUGUUUGGUGGUUUGCCGUCGCCUGGUGACCCCUACCUGAUCAAGGCCAGCGAGGUAGGCCACGAGAUGAGCAACUACAUGGAGGACUGCGAGCGCGGCCUCCAAGACUUAUACAACAACCUGACGAGCGGAAACCCCCUCGGCGACUCGUCGGACCUCCGCGACAUCCUAUCCGACGGAUCCUUCCUGUCCAGCCACUACUUCGACAUGUCCCAAAACAUGACGAACGCGUUCAAGUCGACCGUGAUUAACUACCUGUGGCGCCAGUCCAAGGUGUUCAUCCUGGGCGGCGCCUCCUGCAGCGAAGACCAGGGCAUCGGUUCCACCGGUUCCAAGGAAGGAUACGAGAUGAUCUGGUGGUGCGACGACGACAACAAAGCCUGGUAUCUCUACAGCUACCAGUGGGGCGUUGGCUCUGGCCUCGAAGCCGGUCGAUCUAUCUCCUGGGUUAGUCGGCCCUGGGGCGCCGACCGCAUGGGCAGCCAUCCGUAUCUGUCGACCCAUGGAGGCAGCGGUCCAUACUGGGAAGACCUCAAUCCUUGGUCAUCUCAUCCGUCAAGUCCUGGAGAGUCGCAGGCUACAACUACACCACGGAGACGUGGCGCUCGCGAAUCAACGACAUGUACAGAGCCGGUGCGAACCCGUGGUUCGAAGGCAAUGCGAUGGAGGGCCUGUGGACGAUCCCCGUAUGCAAUAUUGCCGAGACCGUCAACAGUGAUUGGUACGGCAAGGAGUCCAUCCUGA